UUAGGAGCUGCAUGGCACCUCCUAAUCCCCCCCUCCAGAACUCUUUGAGUCCUGCUUUUCCACUGUCACUACAUCUGGGUCAGCUCCGGUGAUGGCCACAGGGCAUGGCACAGCCAUGGGGAUGGCAUGGACAUAGGACAUGACAUAACCAUGGGGCUGGCACAGGCAUAGGGCAUGGCACGGCCAUGUGGGAUGGCACAGCCAUAGGGCAUGGCACAGCCAUGAGUGUGGCACAGCCCUGGUGCAUGGUACAGCCAUAGGGCAUGGCACAGCCAUGGGGGAUGGCACAGCCAUAGCCACAGCACAGCCAUAGGGCAUGGCACAGCUAUGGGACAUGGCACAGCCAUAGGGCAUGGCACAGCCCUAGUGCACAGCACAGCCACAUCCCCGUCACAGAGCAGACAGACAGCACUGUGCCAUGGGAUGCUGGUGCCCAGCACCCUCCCCAGCACCCACAGCUGCCCCAGGUCCCUCUGUGGGGUGAGGACCACACCUGGUUCCAUCCCGUGCCCCCAUCCCACGCCGUCACCACAUCCCCACACUCCCUCCAAACCUGGAUGAGGGAUCCCUCGCAGCACGAGAUCUGUGGCCGAUGAGGUCCCUGUGCCCUACUGGGGGGCUCCACGUCCUGACCUGUGCCCCCCCAGCCAUGAGCCGCCGCGUGGUGCGCCAGAGCAAGUUCCGUCACGUCUUUGGGCAGCCUGUGAAGGCCGACCAGAUGUAUGAGGACAUCCGCGUCUCCAAGGUGACGUGGGACAGCUCCUUCUGCGCCGUCAACCCCAAAUUCCUGGCCAUCAUUGUGGAGUCGGGUGGCGGGGGGGCCUUCAUGGUCCUGCCCCUGUCCAAGACAGGCCGUGUGGACAAGAACCACCCGCUGGUGACGGGGCACACGGCGCCCGUGCUGGACAUCGACUGGUGCCCCCACAACGACAACGUCAUCGCCAGCGCCUCCGAGGACACCACCGUUAUGGUGUGGCAGAUCCCAGACUACGUCCCCGUGCGCAGCAUCACGGAGCCGGUGGUGACGCUGGAGGGGCACUCCAAGCGCGUGGGCAUCAUCUGCUGGCACCCCACAGCCCGCAACGUGCUGCUGAGCGCAGGCUGUGACAACCUGGUUAUCCUCUGGAACGUGGGUACCGGGGAGAUGCUGCUGGCACUGGAGGACAUGCACACCGACCUCAUCUACAACGUGGGCUGGAACCGCAACGGCAGCCUCCUGGUCACCACCUGCAAGGACAAGAAGGUGCGCGUCAUCGACCCGCGCAAGCAGACGGUGGUGGCGGAGAUAACCAAACCGCACGACGGCGCCCGGCCCAUCCGCGCCAUCUUCAUGGCCGAUGGCAAGAUCUUCACCACCGGCUUCAGCAAGAUGAGUGAGCGGCAGCUGGGCCUCUGGGACCUGGAGAGGUUCGCGCCCCACGAGGGGCUGAGGCCCGUGCGGGCCAUCUUCACGCGGGAAGGACACAUCUUUACCACGGGCUUUACCAGGAUGAGCCAGCGGGAGCUGGGGCUGUGGGACCCGAAAAACUUCGAGGAGCCCAUCGCACUGCAGGAGAUGGACACCAGCAAUGGGGUCCUACUGCCCUUCUACGACGCUGACUCCAGCAUUGUUUACCUCUGUGGAAAGGGGGACAGCAGCAUCCGCUACUUUGAGAUCACGGACGAGGCGCCCUACGUGCACUACCUGAACACUUACAGCAGCAAGGAGCCACAGCGUGGCAUGGGCUUCAUGCCCAAGAGGGGGCUGGAUGUCAGCAAGUGUGAAAUUGCCAGGUUCUUCAAGCUGCACGAGCGCAAGUGUGAGCCCAUCGUCAUGACGGUGCCACGCAAGUCAGACCUCUUCCAGGACGACCUGUACCCCGACACGCCUGGCCCUGAGCCGGCCCUGGAGGCGGAUGAGUGGCUGUCAGGGAAGGAUGCGGAGCCCAUCCUCAUCUCGCUGCGGGACGGCUACGUCCCCGUCAAGAACCGGGAGCUGAAGGUGGUCAAGAAGAACAUCCUGGACAGCAAACCCCCUCCGGGCCCCCGCCGCAGCCACUCCACUUCCAAUGCCGACAUCUCUACCCCCGCCCUGGACGAGGUGCUGGAGGAGAUCCGGGUGCUGAAGGAGACGGUGCAGGCGCAGGAGAAGCGCAUCUCCGCUCUGGAGCACAAACUCUGCCAGUUCACCAAUGGCACGGACUGAGGCACGGGCAUGGGACUGCGCCCAGCCCGGCAUUAAACCGCAUCCCGCAGCGGGCAGAAGGCCACAGCCAUGUUCUUUCCCCAGGAGCUGUUGAGGGGGAGGGGGUGUCGGACUCUGAACCCCCCCACCCCAUUUUACUCCUAGGGUGCCAGAAUGCAUUUGGGGACUUUGGUACGUGGGGGUCCCUCCUGGCAGCCAUGGGUGCCAGGAUGGGGGUGUUGGUCCCCCUCCCAGUGCUGGGGUACGGUGCCAAAUCCCCCCAUGACCCCACACCCCCUCACAGGGGGGGCUCCAUACUCCCAGCACCCACCAUUAAUAAAGGGCUUGGGUCUCCUGUGGCCGUACCAGGGAUGUGGGGCUGCUGC